UCUGUUAAUACAUACGAGAGGUCAGUGCACGUCACGUAGUUAUUAUUCGGAGUUAAGAAUUUUGUGAAAAUUUAUCAAUCCCGAAGUGUAACAAGAAAGAUUUCCUGAGACUCUCUCGCGGUAAGACAUUGCGAGAAAAUACGCGGAGGUCUCAGGUAUUGCGGAUUCAAACUUGAGGACUUCUCCUCGGAAGAAGUGUUCGCGUACUUGAGUGGUAUAACGCUGUUGUAUGUAAUCGUGGUAUUGCUUUUGAAAACUUGAUUUUGUUAAGGUACAGGCGUCUCUUUGGCGUCUGUAAAGGGCAGACAGAGUGUGUGACAGGUUAUGUCAACUGGAUUGGCAGGUGCUGUUUCAAAUCAGCGGAUGAAAGGACAAACCAACAGUCAAGUGAGCAAUGGUCCCAAAGAACACCAGCAACAACCACAGACAGAACAUGCUGGUGGAGAAGAUACUGGAUUUGAUUCAUGGAGAGGAGGCAACAAUACGCAUCAUUCAAGUUAUCCAAUUGGUACUGGUGACCCAUAUAGUACUUACUAUGCAGGUACCUCAUUCCCUUAUCAAACAUUCGGUGCCGGGGAUGGUACUUGGUCAAAUGGAACAGAUCCCGUUACAUUUCUUUCCGGAUAUGGAGGUCAAAUAAGUCAUGAUGGAUAUAGCAUGGAUGGAAUGUUCUCUGCUAGUGCAGGAGGUGGUUUUAGUACAUUUGGUCAGCCUACUUUCAAUUAUUUUCAUGGAAAUGGUGAUUUUAGUGCUUGGGGCACUCCAAGAAAGACACGUUACGAGGAUUAUUAUCAAGCUCCACGUGGAAAUGAAAAUUAUCCAACACCUAGUAAUACCGAAAUUAAGGCUAUUGAACAAAGUGUACAGGGGUUGUCUCUUGGAAGUGGAGAGGUACCACGGCAAGAACAGCAAACUACAUCUACUCAACCGAUUAAACCAGAACCAAAGGAGCCUAGAAAAAUAACAUGGGCCAGUGUAGCAAGCCAACCAGCCAAACCAGUACCUCCGCUAUCAUCUUCCCAAGGAAUGAGAAAGAAGGCUGGCAUGCCUCCACCACCUAUUGUGCCUGGAAAGCAUAAUAUGGACAUUGGAACAUGGGGUGAAGGUAAAUCAUCUGCUCCUCCUCCAACAGCACCACCACCGCCUCAGGUACAACCUCCUGUUCCACCACCUCCACCACUAGUUCAAAGGCAAAGACCUCCUCCUCCUCCAUGUUGGAAUAGACAGCCUACAACGCCUCCAUCACCUCCACAAUCACAAAUUCAUAUGCCGCCACAACAACAUCAACACCAACAGCAACAACACCAUCAACAGCAACAACAACAGCCGCCGCCACAACAACAUCAACAACAUCCGCAGCAACAUUCGCAACCACAUCCACAGCAGCAUCAGCAGCAACAGCAGCAACAGCAAUUACAGCAGCAGCAGCAACAUCAACAACAACAACAACAACAACAGCAGCAGCAGCAGCAGCAGAUUGUACAAUCGCAAUCUCAUCCUGUUUUGGAUGAACUGAAAGUGAAAAAUGAUUAUAAUCCUACAGAAUUUGAUCAAACUGCUCCAGGAGCUAGGUUUUUUGUUAUUAAAUCUUAUUCCGAAGAUGAUAUUCAUAGAUCCAUUAAAUAUGAAAUUUGGUGCAGUACUGAACAUGGUAACAAAAGAUUAGAUCAAGCAUACAGAGAAGCCAGUCGUGAAGGUGCACCUUUAUACUUGUUCUUUUCUGUGAACGGAUCUGGUCAUUUUUGUGGUAUGGCACAAAUGGUGUCGCCUGUUGAUUAUCAGAGUAACAGUUCUGUUUGGUCUCAAGAUAAAUGGAAAGGUCAAUUCCGUGUACGUUGGAUUUAUGUAAAGGAUGUUCCUAAUGUGCAACUUCGUCACAUUAAACUAGAAAACAAUGAGAAUAAACCGGUAACUAAUUCGAGGGAUGCACAGGAAGUCCCUCAUGCAAAAGGGGUGACAGUGUUACGUAUAUUGCAUACGUAUCGGCACUCGACGAGUAUCUUUGAUGACUUUGGACAUUAUGAACGCAAGCAGGCCGAAGACGACCAGCGUAAAGCACCGCCAAAUGCUAUACCACAUCAUCACUCUUCCAAUCAUAGAAAUAGGGGACAUACAGAUAUGCCAAGAGAACAUCAUCUCCAUCAACCGCACUUGCAUCAUCAACGCAAAGAUCGAGAUGGUGGUCGCGGCAGAGGCAGAGGAGGUUCGCGGCAGUAGCGGUGGAUACAACAAAAAUAUACUAUUAUCCAAGAUAGUAAUCAUCAUAAAGGAAGCACGCUACGACUAAUUAUCGUCUUACUACUUACCUUUGCUUUCGUGGAUACACAAAGGGCUUCUAAUUCCUGUGACCGAACUCUCACCAUUGAGACUAUCUCCUUCUGUUAAAUAAUCAACUUGUAUGAUAAUUAGCGUCGCGUCGGCAUCAUAAAUAUUAUCUAAUUAUACCUACUAUGAAGAGGAACAUAAUUCACUUUCACGGGAUAUCGAGUAAACUUGCUGACAGUUAAGCAUAUAGUGUGGUGUUGCGUGCUAUUCGUCGAAAAGGUGUUUCUUAAACGUACAAAUUAAAAAUGAAAGAAAAAAAAUGAAAUAUGGAAGAAGAAAAACUGUAACAUGUGGACUAAUCCCUUGUAAAAUGCUUAAACUUUUGUUGAUAAUGAAAAAAAAUCUAUGCGAGAACAAUAUUGUAAGCAAGUGUCAUUUAAAUCAAUUACUAUUUUAAACUUCAAUGGACAUAUAACCUGGUGCCUGUGACUGAAAGGACUCUCACACCUUUCUUUGUUAAAAAGGUGCAAGGGCUUAUUACAACAUUUUAAGUUUAUUUGUAACAAUUAUGCUUGAUCAUUGGAUAUAUAGUAACGUAUAUGAUGACGAAUAUUAUUCUACUAUUUGAUGAAAAUUUCAAUGAGAUAUAACUCCUAUUGUUAAAAUUAUCCGUUGUUUCACUUCUUUUUUUUCACUAUUUACUAUAUUCUCUUUGUCUUAAUUUCAAAAUUCUUCAAAUUUAAAUUUCUAUUUUUACGGAACUAUACGUAGAAAAUUGAAUAUUAAUAUAAAACAAAAACUGCUUAUCUAAUGUGAAAUUAGCAAACUAAAACGAAAGAUAGAUUUUAUCAUAGAUUCGUACUAUGUAAUAAUGAACCUAGGGUGUGAUUUUGAGUUAUUAAACAAAAUUGUACAAAAAAUUAUGAAUUACAUGCAAUGUAAUGCAACAUUGUUUAAUCAAGGCGUGCUUAUUAAGAGGAUUACUUUUCUGCAUAAACAAUUGAAGGAUAACAAAAAGGUACCUAAAUCAUGUGCAGUUGAAGUCUCUUUCCUUGAUUCUAUGUUGUGAAUAUCGCAAAAGUGGAACACAUCUUAUUAAAGUAAUAUAUCAACGUUAAAAAUUUGUGGCUGAUAUUUUUAAAUUACAUCUCAUUUGUAGUUUAAGAGAAAUACAAUUGUUCAAGAGGUGAA